AGUUCAGCUCUGACUUCCCCUCUCGUCUGUGUGGUCGAGGUUUGUGUUUCUGCUCACAGUACGAGAUGUGUGAAUGAUCACUAUAGCAGAUAUUAUUCAUCUGGAUCAGAUCAUGAAGAUCAUACAGCUGCAGAUCUAUCUGUUCAUGUUGUAUCAAGCCACAGAGAGUCUAACAAACACACCAGUAUCUUUAGGAUCUGAUGUGAAUAUAACCUGUGAUCUUGAUAUAAAGGAGAUUUACUGGUACAAACAGAAAUUUCCGGAUCCUCCAGUGUUUUUCUUACGCACUUUCAGCAGCAGAUAUGAAGGAGGUAAAUAUGAAAACAGCAUCUCUGAACACAAAUACUCAGUGAAAACUAACAGUCGUCUGUUCAUCAAGAAUAUCACCAUUGAUGAAUUAGGAGUUUAUUAUUGUGUGAAAACUAGUGAACCUCUAAAAUUCAACAACGGCACCAAAAUCUACAUCAGCGAUUUUGUCCAUAAUAAUUUUACAGACUCGGUCCACAGGAAUCAGACAGAUGACGCUCCACAACACCAGAUAUCAUGGAGAAAUAUGACCAUCAUAUUCAUCCUGAUAAAUGUUCUUCUGACCAUUGCCGUGAUAGGUUUGGUGAAGAGCUGCAUUGACGCAACUAGAAGAUCUAAAAACACUUCAAAGAAACCUCAAAAUACUGCAGCUCAAAACACAAAUGAUCCACAGUAUGCUGAAAUUGAUUUCGCCAAGUGCUCGAGACGAAACCGGCCUUGCCAGGAUCAGACCACCUACUCUUUUCUUCAGCCCGUAUAAAAGCUGUAUGAAGUAUUAUCCAUUAUAAAUCUAAAUUGCAUCUGAAUUUCUUUACAAAACUAAAAUUUGUUGUUUCUGUUAUACUUGUAAUGCUUCUCAAAUCAAUGUCAAUGAAAAGCAAGAUCCCAUUAGUGAACAAAAUUUGGGUUUUUUUUUUCUGGUGUUUAGUGUAAAUAUAUACCGUGUUGUAUAUAUUAAUACAGUGCUAUUCGCUGAUAUAAUUGUCUCUAUAGACCUUUUUAUCAUUUUUUCUUCUUGCCAGUGCUCUGAGAUGUUCACGCUUGCAGUAAACCAGAGGGCAAUGUGGUUUCUGUGUGUUAGAGCAACUUUUCACAAAUGAAAAUUUGAGCUACUUUAUGUAUGUGUAUUUGUAUGUUAAAGAAAUUUGGCAUAGAGCUAGAGUGGAAAUCACAUGAACAACGCUUAAUAAAUAUGUAUUUUUUAUCUUAUUUAUAUAUUUUUUGCAUGCAUAUUAAUUGUUCUGAAUAAUUUGGUUCUUACAUAUUAAAACGGGUGACUUCUGCUCUGUUUCUGUGUGGUUAACAUAGUGUGGUUUCGUGCAAAUGAAGUGUUCCACUAGUUUGGUGAGUUGAUGAACGAAACACACAUAAACUUUGCAUACAUAUAGACAGGUGGUUUAAACAUUUA